UUAUCAUCCGAUUUUCUUAAUUUUUGUCUUGUUUUCUUUGUCUUGAAUUGCUUUAUAAACGUAAGUUAGUAUUUUUUUAUUACUUUUUAAAAUUUAUUAUUAAUUUUAUUAACAACUUGCAACUGACAAAAAAAAAAAAAAAACUGACCGCACAUUCACUGUGGGUUAAAAGGGUUACAUAUGCAAAAAUUUUAAAAAGUUGAUAGUAAAUGAUGUAGACAAUUUAAUAGGCUAUAAAUUCCUAGUUUUAAAAUUAUCCUAUCUCUUAAACUGUUUGAGCCUAUUUAAUUAAGAUGAUAACAUGUUAUUUCUAGGGUUUUUAAUUUUUUCUUUUUUUUUCUUUUCACACUGUGGCAUAAUCAUAUCAAUAUUAAGAUUUACAUACAAUAAAAUUUUCAUGAUACAACUAUCCACUUCCCUGUGCCUUAAAGGCAGUUCAGUAUUUCCUCACACUCAUCCAUAUACAGGAUAGACAGCCCAACUUUGCAUUGCACCAGGUAUGACUAAUGAAGAACAACGGCAAAGUUACCAGAUGUAGUGACAGGAGUGACAAAAAGCACAAUGGGGCACACAAGUUUAUCUGAGAAAGUGCAACAUAAGCCUGCAGAGAUAAAAACAAGUUAUAGAAAACGGAACACAUUAGCGGAAACAGAAACAGAAACUAAAGAAAUUAUUACCGGUUACACUACUGCUACAACAACAACAACAACUACUACUACUACUACUACUACUACUACUACUACUACUACUACUACUACUACUACUACUACUACUACUACUACUACUACUGUUGCUGUUGCUGUUGCUGCUGCUUCUGCUGGCCGCCUGACUGAAGGCCUGCCAGCGUUAUCUAUAGCAUGAUAGCUGUUAUCAGGCUGUGGGAGGACGCCCUUAUCAGCUGUCCUGCAACCUUCAGUAGAAGUGAUUGAAGAGGUUACUCGGAAAAUGUGGUCAUAGCCUUGGCUUCACUGUAAAUAAACAAAAGGAUGACACGACACUUGCAGGAGGAAGAAGAGGAGGAAGUGGAAAACGAGGUGGUGGUGGUGGUGGUGGUUGACCUCCGUGAUGCUGAGCGGCGACUGGCCAGCGCCUCCCGCCACCACUCAGCGACUGUGCCCUGGCUGGUCUUGGCCAGGGUCUUUAAGGGAGGGCAUUUCAGGAGAUGACAUAGCAGUCUUUAACAGGCUGAACGAUUUACUACCCUCAGCCUUCCCCUCAGUCACGGCCUGUCAGGCCUCAUGUAGGUAAAUAUAUCCCUGUCACACUUAUGCUCAAACAGAGACAACAUUUUGGCGUUGGUAAAUCAUGUAUUUCCUACACAGCAUCUAAAAACACUAGGAAAAUUUUAUUCAGGUUAGACUCACCAAGCGUCAUUUCCUUGUUUUGUGCAUCCCAGACCUAGAUAUCUGGUGACGAGGCGAGAGUGAGGCGAGAGUCGUCACUGAGGUAAGAGCGAGCGACACGUCCAGAGUGCUGCAGGAAGCGUUCAUCAUCGUGGCUGUCGUUCAAAAAGUCUUCUAGGGACUCAUUGCUCAUAUUUACUGUUUUAACCCAGGAAACAAGACAAAAUAAAACACGUAAGGUGAAAGAAGAAUGAAACAAGAAUGAAGAAAUGAAGAAGGAAAUAAAAAGUAGAAAGAAUAAAUGAGGGAAGAAGAUGAUAAACACGACAACAGGUAGCAAGAAGAGACGAGACGUGGCCGCCGAGAACAACAAAAUCCGGUGAGUCAUCACAACACUAACAAAGCUUGAGAUUAGCACAAGAUUACAAGAAGAGGUACUCAGGUGACCAUCACUGAAUUAGUAUACGAGGGAAGCAGAGGUCACCGGAAGCAGAUGAUGUGGACAACACGGACAGCCGGCACACCAUAGGAACCGCCGCCUCCUUGUUCCUGAUUAGAAGAUGCGAUUACCAAAGCUACUCGAGAAUGAACCUUAGUGAAAGUUAAGGGAAAAUAAACUGUAUGAUCGAAGUAUGGGAAGAAAAAUAUAGUUACUUGAAAAUGGAUCUUGCGGAAAGUAUAGGAAAAUGAACUGUAUGAUCAAAGUAUGAGGAAAUAAAUAUACUUACUCGAAAAUUAACCUUAUUGAAAGUUACAGGAAAAUGAACUAAAUGAUCGAAAUAUUGGAAAAUAAAUGUUAUAACAACGGAAGCCUUGUUGGGGCAAAAGGUUGCUAUAACAUCACGUGUAUAUUACAAGGUGUAGGAGACGGGAAUAGACAGAAGCAGACAGAGAGACAAGCUAGACAGAGCUGUCAGACCAGAGAGGGUCAGGAUGGGCAUAAGGUGCCAGACAGUUGCAAUGCAGUCACAGUAAAAUGUUGGUGUUAUAUAUUGACAGAGAGGGAUUGGGUAGGUGUGCGAUGUGUUCCUCAUUGAAUAUUAGCUGCCAGGUUUGUGUAGGAUGUGAUUUAUCAGUGAGUAUUAAAUAUGUGAAAUGAUUUGAAUCGGAAGUGUAAUGUGAAGUGUUCCAGAUAUUUAAUGGUAUUUAUCUGAAGAGAGAUGAAACUAUUUUCGUAGAUUUUCGUUGUUGUCGGAAGUCGUAUAUGAUCGUCUGAGUGUAAAUAUAUGUAAAUGACACAAAUUAGGUAAAAAUUAUAGAAACUUAAAGCGUUCCCUUGAACCCACAAAAGCCAGUCUUAUAGAUUAGGGACGCACCAAUACCGCGCAACAUAGAAACACGACAUUACAGCGUGGCGGCGCCAGUGACAGUGAUGUGUGUUGCAUCACUCACAACAGACAGGACAGUAUCUCAUCAAUAAGAGGACCACACCUCGGUGAGGAGCAUUUGUCCCAUCACGGAUCUGAGAGGAGCAAGGAGGCGGAGUAUGAUCAGCGUUGUGGCAGCAACACAGAGGCAGGCAACCUGAAGGAAGGCCAGCAACACAGAGGCAGGCAGCCAAAAGUAAGGCCAGCAACACAGAGCCAGGCAGCCUGAAGCAAGGCCAGCAACACAGAGGCAGGCAGCCUGAAGGAAGGCCAGCAACACAGAGGCAGGCAGCCUGAAGCAAGGCCAGCAACACAGAGGCAGGCAGCCUGAAGCAAGGCCAGCAACACAGAGGCAGGCAGCCUGAAGGAAGGCCAGCAACACAGAGGCAGGCAGCCUGAAGGAAGGCCAGCAACACAGAGGCAGGCAGCCUGAAGGAAGGCCAGCAACACAGAGGCAGGCAGCCUGAAGGAAGGCCAGCAACACAGAGGCAGGCAGCCUGAAGGAAGGCCAGCAACACAGAAGGCAGCUUGAGCCAUGGAUGACAACGUGGAGGACUGUCCAGUGUGCCUCAACACCUUUGACGACACCCUCAGGUGGCCACGCACUCUGCCCUGUGGCCAUACAGUGUGCUCGCCGUGCAUUGACGGACUGAAGCAGCAGGGUGCCGUCACGUGCCCCACCUGCCGGGCGAGUCACGCCGUGCCCGAGGCGGGCCAGUUCCUCAUCUCCUAUAUUACGGAGGGCUUUAUCAGGAGACUGAGAAGACUGGCCUCUCUGCCAGCCGAGCCAGGGAAGCAGGCAGCCCCACCAGUGACACGGCCUGCACCAAAGGCGACAACGGGACUCAGCAAGAGGGCACAGUCCCUGCUGCAGGAGGAAGAGGUGAAGGUCCUGGCUGCCAUCCGCUCCUGCCAGGAGGAGCAGAGCCAGCUGGCCGAGUACCUGACAACCCUCGGUGGCUGGAGCAGUCGCCAGCAGCGGCUGCAAGACGAGCUGCAGACGCUGGUGGACCAGAGCAAGAGUGCCCGGGAGGCGGUGCGCCGCGAGGAGUUCCGGGUGGAGGGCAGGCAGGAGGAGGUGCAGCAGAAGGAGCAGCAGCUGCACGCCGCGCUACAGUCGCUGCGCACGGCCGCAACACGGCAGGAAGCUUACGAGGUCAUUGAGGACACAGACCUUCUGGUGGAGAAGGACAGUCAGACAGGGGAGUGUCUGGGAGUGUUUCCCGACGUCCACGCCGUCACCACCGUCACCAAGGUGGCACAGGCAUCGCGCGCAGCCCUGCAGGCUGCCACCACUGCCGCUGCUGCCACACAGGCAGCCUUGGAGGCAGUGGGCACUGCUGCUGCAGCCUCGGGGGACUCCAGCCUCCCAGCAGCCUUGGCCGAGGCCUCCUCCAUCGCGGAUAGGCUGCAGGCCCUACUGGCGCCGCCCCUGACGGCCGAGGACCUGCACAGCCUAACACAGCGUGCCAGGGGCCUGGUGGAGGCUGGCCUUGUCUCCGCCGUCCACGACGUGGAGGGACAGACUCGGCACGCAAGGAUCAGCCUUGAAGACGGCAGCCUUUACCUCCACUCCCUGCAGGCCCAGGCCCUGCCGAACGUCACCGCCACCCUGCAGAUGGGGGAGGUGGUGCCGGCCGCCCCCCCCUGCGAGGUGUUCCUGGACCUGGCGUGGCCCGGCAGCGUGGCGCGGCGGGUGGUGGUGAGUCUACCCCAGGACACCCCCCUGGGCCGGCAGUUCAUGCUGCUGUGCUCGGGCCAGCGGGGCGCCUGCUACGCCAACACCAGGCUGUUUAAGGUGAUGAGUGAGGGACAGCCGGGGGAGUGGGUGGUGGGAGGAGACUACCAGACAGGUGAUGGGAGGGGAGGAGCCGCCCUGCUGCCUCACCUUGACCAGGGUGAGUACUGGACGUCAGGCAAGGCGGGGACUGUGUGGGGGUGGUGGCUUGAUGACCCUGCCUGUGGUGCUCAGUUCACCAUCACCACCCGGGACAUGCAGCGUGAUCGUGUUUGGACUGGUGUCUUUGGCCAGGUGGUGCGGGGCCUGGAGGUGGUGCAGGAGGCAGCCCGGCACCGCCCCAUUACUGAGGUGACUGUGGUGCAGUGUGGCGUGGUGCUGUCACGGUAGUGCUGCACCACACCACACACCACCACACCACACCACUACCAAUAUUAUUUUUUUUGUUAUUUUUUUUAAGAGGAAAGAAGCAAACACACACACACACACACACACACACACACACACACACACACACACACACACACACACACACACACACACACACACACACACACACACACACACACACACACACACACACACACACACACACACACACACA